CCCCUGCGCCCGCGAGGCCACGGAGCUCCGGCCGGCCGCCCUCGGGCCGCUCCCGCCGGGAGAGCGGGUGGCUGGGCCCCGUUGGCCGGAAGAGGAAGCGCACACUCGGAUUGCGAGGCUGCCAACGUUCACUGGGCGCCCCUGAACGCUGGCUGCUGCCCGCUCGGACUCCCACGUCCGUUAUCUUAAUAGAGCCUGGCUCGGGUUGGGAUGCCGGGGACGGUCCGGGCAUUCGGAGGAGGAAACGGAAAUCCGCAGAGGCGAAGGGGUUCGCCUGAGGAUUGGAUGGUGAGAAAAGGAAAGAUUCCUGUGAGAAGAGAUCAGGAUGAAUGGAGAGAUCUGUGCUUAAAGUUGGGCCAGGUGAAAAUGAUCUCUUUGAAAGUAGAAGAGAUCUGAGCAGAUGAAAAUACCAUCAGGAAGAUGCAACAUGGCAGCAGCAAUGGAAACAGAACAGCUGGGUGUCGAAAUAUUUGAAACUGCAGAGUGUGAGGAGGGAAAUGGUGAAUCCCAGGACCGACCCAAACUGGAGCCUUUUUAUGUCGAACGGUAUUCUUGGAGUCAGCUGAAGAAGCUGCUUGCUGAUACCAGAAAAUACCAUGGCUACAUGAUGGCUAAGGCGCCACAUGACUUUAUGUUUGUAAAGAGGACGGAUCCAGAUGGGCCUCACUCAGACAGGGUCUAUUACCUUGCCAUGUCUGGUGAGAACAGAGAAAAUACACUAUUUUAUUCUGAAAUCCCUAAAACCAUCAACAGAGCAGCAGUCUUAAUGCUUUCCUGGAAGCCCCUUUUGGAUCUUUUUCAGGCGACACUGGACUAUGGGAUGUACUCUCGAGAGGAAGAGCUACUCAGAGAAAGAAAGCGCAUUGGAACUGUGGGAAUCGCAGCUUAUGAUUACCACCCAGGAAGCGGAACAUUCCUGUUUCAAGCUGGCAGCGGGAUUUACCAUAUCAAAGAUGGAGGACCACAUGGAUUUACACAACAGCCUUUGCGGCCCAAUUUAGUGGAAACUAGUUGUCCCAAUAUACGAAUGGAUCCAAAAUUAUGCCCUGCUGAUCCAGACUGGAUAGCUUUCAUUCACAGCAAUGAUAUUUGGAUAUCAAACCUCGUAACCAGGGAAGAGCGGAGGAUCACAUACGCACACAAUGAGCUAGCCAACAUGGAAGAGGAUCCCAGAUCAGCUGGUGUUGCCACCUUUGUUCUUCAAGAAGAAUUUGACAGAUACUCUGGCUACUGGUGGUGUCCCCAAGCUGAAAGAACUCCUAGUGGUGGUAAAAUUCUUAGAAUUCUCUAUGAAGAAAAUGAUGAAUCUGAGGUGGAGAUUAUUCAUGUUACGUCCCCCAUGUUGGAAACAAGGAGGGCAGAUUCCUUUCGUUAUCCUAAAACAGGCACAGCAAACCCAAAGGUCACUUUCAAGAUGUCGGAGAUUGUUGUUGAUGCUGCAGGAGGGAUUAUAGAUGUCAUAGAUAAAGAACUGGUUCAACCUUUUGAGAUUCUGUUUGAGGGAGUUGAAUAUAUUGCCAGAGCCGGAUGGACUCCAGAGGGAAAACAUGCCUGGUCCAUCCUACUAGACCGUUCCCAGACUCACCUGCAGAUAGUUCUGAUCUCCCCUGAGUUAUUCAUCCCAGUAGAAGAUGAUGCCAUGGACAGACAGAGACUCAUAGAGUCAGUUCCUGACUCUGUGACACCACUGAUCAUCUAUGAAGAAACAACAGACAUCUGGAUAAAUAUCCACGAUAUUUUUCAUGUUUUUCCUCAAACUCAUGAAGAUGAAAUUGAGUUUAUUUUUGCCUCUGAAUGCAAAACAGGUUUUCGUCAUCUGUAUAAAAUCACAUCCAUUUUAAAGGAGAGCAAAUAUAAACGGUCCAGUGGUGGACUACCUGCCCCAAGUGAUUUCAAGUGUCCUAUCAAAGAAGAAAUAACAAUUACCAGUGGUGAAUGGGAAGUACUUGGCCGGCAUGGAUCUAAUAUCUGGGUUGAUGAAGCCAGAAAGCUGGUGUACUUUGAAGGCACCAAAGACUCUCCUUUGGAGCAUCAUCUGUACGUGACCAGUUAUGCAAACCCUGGAGAAGUGGUGAGGCUGACUGACCGUGGCUACUCACACUCCUGCUGCCUCAGCCGGCAUUGUGACUUCUUCAUAAGUAAGUACAGCAACCAGAAGAAUCCACACUGUGUGUCCCUCUACAAACUCUCAAGUCCUGAGGAUGACCCAGUUCAUAAAACAAAGGAAUUUUGGGCCACCAUUUUGGAUUCAGCAGGUCCUCUUCCUGACUACACCCCUCCAGAAAUUUUUUCUUUUGAAAGUACUACUGGAUUUACACUGUAUGGAAUGUUGUAUAAGCCUCAUGACCUACAACCUGGAAAGAAAUACCCCACUGUGUUAUUCAUAUAUGGUGGUCCCCAGGUGCAGCUGGUGAACAAUCGGUUUAAAGGAGUCAAGUAUUUCCGCCUGAACACCCUGGCCUCCCUGGGUUAUGUGGUUGUGGUGAUAGACAACAGGGGAUCCUGUCACCGAGGACUUAAAUUUGAAGGCGCCUUUAAAUAUAAAAUGGGUCAAAUAGAAAUCGAUGAUCAAGUGGAAGGACUCCAGUACCUAGCAUCUCAGUAUGACUUCAUUGACUUGGAUCGAGUGGGCAUCCACGGCUGGUCCUAUGGUGGCUACCUCUCCCUGAUGGCAUUAAUGCAGAGGUCGGAUAUCUUCCGGGUUGCUAUUGCUGGGGCCCCAGUCACUCUGUGGAUCUUCUAUGAUACAGGAUACACGGAGCGCUAUAUGGGUCACCCUGACCAGAACGAACAGGGCUACUACUUAGGCUCUGUGGCCAUGCAAGCGGAGAAGUUCCCCUCAGAACCAAACCGGUUACUCCUCUUACAUGGGUUCUUGGAUGAGAAUGUUCACUUUGCACACACCAGUAUAUUGCUGAGUUUUUUAGUGAGGGCUGGAAAGCCAUAUGACUUACAGAUCUACCCUCAGGAGAGGCACAGCAUCAGAGUUCCUGAGUCUGGAGAACACUAUGAACUGCACCUGCUCCACUACCUUCAGGAGAACCUUGGAUCGCGUAUUGCUGCUCUGAAAGUGAUAUAACCCUGACUCAUGUAGAGCUUGGUGUCCACUGUCUAACCAAACAAAGAGGGUUAGCCAAGAGAGAAGCCAGAGUUGAUGAACCUACUUUUGUACCUGCCACAUAAGAUCUAUUUCGGAAAGUAAAUUUGGUGCCAUGCAGAAAUCUGCAGUUCCUGGAUAGUACUCUAAUACCUUGACCAUGCACAUAGAACAGAGUGACACGUUCCCAAGGGAUUGAACAGCACCUGAGGAGACUGAGCGAACCAAGGCACCAGCGCCACAUAUUCAGACUAGCCUACUUUCACUUUACUAGCAGUAUAAGCCUCUUGGACUUAAUUAGUGGACUUUACCAUAUACUCUGAGUUUGUUAAAAUAUGAUGAUAGUAGUGAUUGGUUUGGUUCAAUUCCAGGAUCUCUGACUAGUUAUGGAUUUGAUAGCACUUACGUCUAAUUGAAUAGCUUAUGCUUCGUCACUUGGGGUGUAUCCAGCAUGUCAUGAACUAAAUACUAUUAAGCUUAUGACUUUCCCAGUCAUUAAUAAUUUUUCAAGGAUAACCUAGUGGCCUCCUAAAGAUACUUACCUGGCUGGGCUCUGACCAGUUUUUUAACCAAUUUAAACAGCAUCUAGUCUAAGUAAUUCUCCUUUUGCUUUGAUGUGAUGGAGUGGGGUUUUCUUUUACAUAAAGGCAAGUAACUAUGUAGCAUGAGUUUAAUCACAAGUCUCAAGAUGUUGACAGUUAUAAGGAAAACAUUUUUAAUCAAAUUAUUUGAGAGCUUGAAAAUUAGCAGGCAAGUUUUUUCUCCUUUUAGGAACAGAAUAUGUACACAUUCACUUGUAUUCUGAAAAUAUAAUGGUGCCGUUUCCAUUUGGCCUUUCCUUCAUUAAAGUGUUCCCUAGUUUCCAGGAGGUAAAAGGUCACAGUGGGAAGGGAGAGACUCUGGUGCAGGGAAUGACCAGGAAAGACCAGGUAGCAAGGCUCUGCUUCUCCAUAAAUACUCCUGAGAAAACCCAGGGUAAAUGUAACCAGAGCUAGGAGGUCAAGCUUUGACAGCUACAGGGGCAGUCAGUCUUUGGAGUGGUUACUUUUAUAAUUCCAGCUUUUUGUUUUUUUCCUUUUAACUUUAAAAACCUUACAAAUCUAAACUUUAACUUUUUUUAUUUGAAUGUAAUUUAGAUAUCACUAGCUUAAAAUAAAACGGUUUCCAGACCACUUCUUUGCCGUAAGCUGAUCCCUGACAAACCAUGGCACUCUUUGUGUUGGAAGCCUAUCAAAAGUUAGUUGUGUUACUCGGUCAUAACAUUCUCCUGCUUCGGCCUUCCUGCUUGACUAUGAAGGGUUGCAUGAGCUUUCAAGUGCUGGCUGGCAUCUGCCCUUAGGGCCUUCCAGUAUUAGAUGGGUCCCACUGCCGCCAGACACCUGUGGGCUUGACCCUCAUUAAUCACACCCCAGUGUUUAGACAGUUACCAUAACUUAAAAAUCACUCCAAGAAAAGUCACUGUGUUUCUUUCUCACUGCCACAUCAGGUCCCUUUCCAAGAGAGCACAGUGAAGACAGGGACCGCCAGAGUAGAGGUGGAUGCUUUGGGAAGCCUGGAGAUAAAUGGCAGGUGACUGUGGGCUUCUGUCCUGGGGAGGGAGGGCUGGGUUUGCCAGCUGUGUGUCUAUGUUGUAUGAUAGACCCCACACUUUUCUUUUUGUCUAUCUAUUUUGACUUUCAUGCUUAUGACAUUUUACCGUGCCAAAAUUUGUUUAUAUUUUUUCAAGUUAAAUUAAACUGAUUUGGGUAACUUUCCUCCCCCUACAAAGUA